CCUUGAUUUAGAAUCGCGUGCCGUAGGUUGAAUAGCUAGGUUUAUCGCAUAGUGAUGUUUGUACGGCUCCGACCCCAUCCCAUCAGUUCGACGGUGCUCGGCACGAGUAGCCGACCGACUCAGUCCACCAUAGAGCGUCGCGAGCGCUGGUUCGACCAUCACGCCGCCGCCAAAGCCCCACCGCGCGAGCUGUGCAAACACAUACACCAUAGUGAAUGUCACACGACUCGUCUAGUGUAUUCCGCCUGUUAAAACAUUUCAAUGGCGCCCGCGCAAAAGAACGUCGUCGCCGACGUGUGCGACAGCGACCUGCCUUCCCAAAUCAAAAUGAGGCUUAUGGCUAUGGACAGUAAGAGCCAAAACCGAGAACAACAUUGUGAUAACAAUAAUUCCGUGGACAAUAUUAGUGAGAAAGUAAACGUAGAUACAGGGUUCGACUUACAAAAAUACGAGGCUAUGGAGUUCAAAUCUAAGUUUAGAUGGCCCGAUCUGACAGUACAAGUGUUGUUGCAUUUAGUUUCUAUUUAUGGACUGUACCUGAUAGGUACAUUUAAAGUGAAAUUCUUAACAACGAUAUUUGCAUUCCUGACAAUUUAUACAUCAGGCUUCGGUAUCACAGCGGGCGUGCACCGACUGUGGUCACACCGAGCGUACCAAGCCCGUACGCCGCUACGGGUGCUACUGGCGCUGCUCUUUACCAUCACCGGACAGCGCGACAUCUACACUUGGGCGUUGGACCACCGCGUGCACCACAAGUACACGGAGACGGCGGCGGACCCGCACGACAUCCGGCGCGGCUUCUGGUUCGCGCACGUGGGCUGGCUCGUGCUCACGCCGCACCCCGCCGUCGAGGACCGCCGCGCCGCCUUCAGGCUCACCUCGAGGGACCUCGACUCCGAUCCUGUCGUUGCGUGGCAGAAGAAAUACUUUAUCCCGUUGUUCGCGCUGCUGAAUGUGAUCCUGCCCGUAUGGAUCCCGUGGUACUGCUGGGACGAGUUGCUAGUAAACAGCUUUGUCGUCAGCUUCGUCACGAGAUUCACCAUCACGCUCAACAUCGCAUUCUGCGUCAACAGCUUCGCGCACCUGUGGGGAAACAAGCCUUACGACAGGUUUAUAAAAUCGACAGAGAGUCUGGCGGUAAGCUUAGCUGCCCUGGGCGAGGGCUGGCACAACUACCACCACGUGUUCCCGUGGGACUACAGGACCUCCGAGCUCGGCCGCAUCAACAUCUCCACAGGAUUCAUUGACGCUUUUGCUAAAAUUGGAUGGGCGUAUAACUUAAAAACAGCAACAAAGGCCAUGAUUAUUAGCCGAGCGAAGCGGAGUGGGGACGGCACCUUGGGGGACAUGGAGGAGCCCGAUCCUACGCUGAAAAACGAAGGCAUCGAAUGAGGCGACAUCUACAAUAAUUAAUGGGCCUUCUUUUGAAACACCUGACGCUGGAAAGCGACAAUAACAAUUCGAUAUUUUGGCAAAACAUUCCUAUUGAGAUAUUUUUAUUUUGUGCUCUAAAUUAAAUAUGUAACAUGACUGACAUGAUUUUGUAUUUUGUAAUAAAUGUUGCUCUUUAAAAAAGGGACUUUUCGGUAAAAAAUUGACCAGUGUUAAUAUUAACGAUUAAAUAGUUAUUUGUACAAAUGCAAUCCGAAGCGAUAUUAUCGCUAAUUGCCAUAAAGUAUUUUUUUUUACCCGAAAACGGCACUUUAUACGGGUAUGUAAUAAUAAUUAGGUACGUUAAAUACUUUGAUGUGUGUAAAAUGUAUUUAGCUUAUCACUGUCUUGAAAUUAAUAUAGGAAUAUAUUUUGACUAUUAGCUUAUUACUAGGUCAACUAUAUAAAAGCGUGAUAUUGGUUUUGUAUCGAGUUACUGGUACAAAGUCAAAGAUAGUAAGAAAAUAAAUGAACUUAUAAUUUUGUACUUUUCAUUUAUUCAUAAUCCGGUUUUUCACAAUAUAGUUAAUUGUUAAAUUACUUCUCAAUUAAGUUGACAACCCCUACUAUCUUACACUCAUUAUAGUUAAUAUCCCCUACUAUUUUACACUCAUUAUAAAUUUCUACCACUCAUCUGUAAAUGUACAUACUGAAGUUUGCUUGUUGGUGUUACAUAAUCAUACUUAAAAUAAAAGCAAAGUUUUCAAAUAACUCAAAAGUAGAACCAAUAAUUGUAUAGGGACUUCAAUUUAUUUUUUUAUUACUGACAAAGUAAAUACAUUUUGUAAGGUUUCUAAUCGACUUAACAUAUGUUUACCUCAAGAAAAAUAAACCCAAUUGACUAGAUAAUUGUGCAAAAACAAUUCUAGAAUCGCUAAGUUUUGCAAUGAAAUAAAAUUUAUUAUUUGUAAUUUUUACAUGUACCUAAUACUGUUUUAUUUAUUAUGUUAGGUUAUUGUAAAAAAGUUAUCACUCUGCGAGUGUGAAUAAAAUUUUACCUCAUUUUGGGAA